GCGCCGCGAUCCGCGCUGCCGCGGCAGGACGCGAUGUCUUGUCGCUGCGCCGAUGGCUACGGUCCCAACCUGUUGGGCAAGUGCGUUCCGGUCGGUGGGCCACUACAGUCGCCGGUGAUCAAUCUGGAAAACGGCACAUACCACACUGCGGGAACUCGCGUUCGCCUCUCCUUCCCACCCGGCCAGGACCUCGAGGCUCCGUGGCUCCUGGCGAUCCGCUACGAGUACGGCAGCGCACCACAGGCUCCAUCCUGCGAAACGUCGCUUCUCUACGAGGAUGUAACUGACAGCAUCAUUGAGCACCGAGCAGAGCUGGGCUAUGGCAAUGGCUCUUUUCAGGAGCCGGCCAAUGUUCCAGAGCCGGGGCUCGACAUCAUCAGGCGUCAGGAAUCCGUGAUUGUGCGGGCGGUGCUUUGCCACCCGAUGUGGACAAUGUCCCUGGAGAGUCGGGUAGAGCUUUACGGAAAUGACCAGAUGAAUCCGCCUCGAUGCGUUGUGGUCUCCGGAGACCUCUCAACGGAUACCUCCUAUGCCUUGCAGGUUGAGGUGGACUUGCUCCUCGAUCAGCAGCCGGAUGCAACGAUCUUUUACGAAAUCCAACGGAGCAGUGGUCAAGCUACCUUCGUUGCUCCACUGGUUCUGAACACGCCUGGGGUGGUGACGGUCACUGCCUGGGCCGAGAAGCUGGGAUUCGACUCAAGUACUCGAACCACGUGCUCUUACACGAUCGAUGGCCAGGCGCGAGCGCGCCUGACGUUGCAGUGGCCGGCACUCGCGGACAGUCCACUGGAAGGCUUUGCAGCUGAGGAGAACGCUUGGCUCGCCCCUCGAGGAAUGGAAGAGUUGAGCUUCGACAUCGAUGUUAGUGGUGUUCCGGUCGACACUCCCGGGCUGCAGCUGCAGUAUCGUCUAGAACGUGGAGCCUUGGGCUUCUCGUCUUGGACAGAGCUCCCGCCAAGCAGAGGACUUCUGCUAAAGGUUGCGGAGAACUUGGAGGCGCCCAACAGAACCACCCUUCUCCAGAUAGAGUGGCGUGCCAAGGAGCCUGGGUAUAUUUGGACUACGCCCGGGUACCUUCGUGUGCUCUUCGUGGCGACACGAGUGGAGGCACCAAUCAUCCAAGCAGAGCCGGUGGAGGCUUGGCACCUUGGCGAUUCGUGGUUUCCUGGGAGCAGCCGUGAGCGAGCCAUGCGUCAGGUGCAUCGGAUCCAGUUGAUACAGCCGAGCUCAUCUGCUCGUGUGCUAUUCUCGGUUCGAGCUGAACUUGGACAGGUGGAGGAUCCUUCGACGACUCUGCUGGAAAUCGACUCCCACAACGUGUCGUCGCUCAGCACAGCCUUCCUGGAGCGCUUCCGCUCGGCAGCUCCAUCUGUGGGACUUUCUCCUGAGGCUUUCCCAAGCGAGUGCAGCGGUGUGUCACUAAUUCAGGCAGCCGAAGUGCCAAAGCUUUGCGACUACCUCGGGCAGUUUCAGGUGCUCGGCGGGGCAGUCGUCACGGCCUAUGCUUUGGUUGCAGGCUUGCUGGAGAGCUUGCCUGUCACCUUCUUGGUACCGAAGGAGGUGGAGCCGACUCCAGGUGAUCUCAGCUUUCAAGCAGCGGCAGAGGCGACAGGUCAAGUGCUGACCGUCCAAGAUGGCGACGUGAAAGUUAUGCCGUCGACCGCAGAGUCCUUGAUUGUGACGGUUGGGCAGCCAAGCGCAGAGCGCCAGAGUUGCGUGCUCGCGACACCCUAUCGCUAUGCCAGUUCGGCACCGGUCACUAGCCUGAACUGGACCACGAAGUCCAUCCUGGAUUGCAGCUGGCUUCCAUACAAUGGCCCUCGAAAGCUGAAUUUGGACAACAUGAUGCAGGAGGCCGGACUGGACACCGAUGCCGAUCUAACGCUGAAUGUGACUAUCCUGACCACAGUAAGGCGUUCGGGAUACCUCUGGUCUUUCCCGACAGCAAGCGCAUUCUUCUGGCUGCGGGAGCGCACUCCGGCGCCGCAGGUCGUGCAGGUCUUGGAGCCGGGUGCAGCGAACCCUGCAGCCAUGGUCUGGCUGCAGGAGCAGGGAGGCGAGGCGCUCAACAAUGCAAAUUGCUAUUUCACCUUGCAUUACGAGCCCCUGGACAUGUCGGAUGUGCCCGCCCCGUUCCUCGUCGAGGUCCCGACCGUCACUGCGAGCGUCGCUAGCUUUUUGGACGCCUUUCGGCCGACAACUCGCGCUGAAGGCGUGCACAGAGCCAACGAUUGGAGGACAAAUGUGGAUCUGUGUUCCUGGCCAUCUGUCUGCGAGCUACCCCUCAAUGGAACAUUACCUGCAGAAUUGGUGUAUGUGCCAUCAGGCUACUCACGGCUUUGUGCCUGGGCCCGCUGGCCUGGAUACCUCGAGUCAACCCCCAGCUGCAAGCUCAUGGGGCCUCUUGGAACGACACAGGUGGUCGAGGCUGCUUUCGUGCCAGGAGCAGCCACCUCGGAACAGGUGGCUUCUCUCGACCCGGCUGUGACCGUUCCAGAACAGGUUGGCACCGAUGCUGCGCUCCGUGCGCAACUCCUGCAAAUCGCCGCAGGCACCAGCAACACGGCUUCCCGAAGGCUGGAAAGGCUGAGCGGCAUGGCUGAAGCAUUCCCGCUCUUUCUGGAACGCAGCCACCCACUGCAGUAUCGCUUCGGGUCUGUCGCGCUGGACGCCCGCGUCUUCCUGCAGCCGGGGCUUACCCAGGAGUCAUUGACAUCCAGCAUCCAGCUUACAGGGUGGAAGGAUCUCGGUCUAGCGGCGGCCCCGCCCCUGCUACCAUGGCCCAGCCGUCAGAUAAGCGAUCACAUCCUUUUUGUGGUGGAUGUGCGAUUGCUGACAGGGGUCAAUCGCUGGAGCGCGGAAACGCGGAGCGUGGCCAUCCUCCUGGUAGGCCAGCAGCCGGCUCUUUCCAUUUAUCGCAGCGAUGGCCGGCAGCUGCGCGUACAGGGUCAAAGGGAGAAUAGCACGAUUUACUUCAAGUGGCUUAGCGGUGCAGCCUCCUCGACUUUUGGAGACGAACUUAUCCACAUCGAGCAAGGUGCAACGACUCUGGCCGACGUCUUUGGCAUGUCUUCGGAGGCAGUGCUGCAGCCAGGCGUGGACAACGCCCUUUGCACCGUCAGCGUGGAGUCGCCGCAUGAAGAGCAGAGAAAGCUCUGCAGUUGGCAAGGUGAAGGACUAGAGGUGGAGAUUCCGAGCAGCACCGGCUGGACCUUGUGGGCGGUGUCUUCCAGCCCUGGUCUCCCCUCCUCUGCACCUGCAACACUCAGCGUGGGUCCGCAGUGUGCGGCCCCUGCCGGUGUUGCCUUCUCAAUGGCUCCCAGCUGCAGCAGUGGGCAGAUGAUCGAUAGUGGACAAAAUUGCACGGCCAGCUGUCAGCCAGGCUACCAGCCCUCGGUGUCAACCUUGCAGUGUUCCGAUGGCAUCCUUACCCCUCUGCAGUUUGUCUGUCUGGAGCUUUCCUGCGAAGCACCGUUCAAUGUCAGCUUCGGAGCCGAGCCCGCCUGCCUCGAGGGCGGAUCUGUGUCUCCAGGUGGUCGCUGCACGCCGGCCUGCGAGGGAGGCUACGUGCCCUCCGAGGCUGUCUUGAGCUGCGCACGAGGUGAUCUCAGUCCAGGCACCUUUCGGUGCGACGAAGCAGCCUGUGAUGCGCCCAGCGAUGUGCUCUAUGCUGCCAGUCCGUCCUGUAGUGGCCUUUUGUGGGUGACUUCCCGCAGCACUUGCACACCCCAGUGCCAGGAUGGAUACUUGCCCAGUGAGACCAGUCUUCAGUGCAUCCGCGGCCAACUCUCUCCUGCGACAUUCGCCUGCGAACCAGGUGUGACUGUGGACAUGGGAAUCAUCAUUGCCAGCGUGCCAAGCACCAUGCUGGCGGCUGCCCUGGCACUUCUCGCUGGGUACUGUGCCUGGAGCGGCCGCGUCCCUCCAAAGACCGUUGAGCUGGACAGCGAUCCACUGCAUGAGUGGUGGACUUGUGUUCAUGAGGUGGAGCCAGGCGUGUGCGUCUUCUGUGGAAAGCAGCCGGAGGAGGUUGAAACCAGGUACGAGGAACACGGGCCGGCUUCGCUUUUCAGGUCUUGUCGCGCUUGCGCGGCACUGCUUGGGUUUGAGGAAGAGGAGGAAGAUGAGGAGGAAGCGCCAGAAGACUCGGACCCUUCGGAGGCAGUGCCCCCACCACAAGUGACAGUGGACACUUUGCCUCCAGAGAACGACGUAAAGUCCUCCUCAGAAGCCGCAGCAGGCCCCGAGAGCUCGGAACCUGAGGAGAAGACUCCGCCGAGCCUACUCGCUGCCUCUCCUGGUGGCUCCAUCAGCGAUGCCGUGGCAGGACUCAAAUUGGACGACUUGCUCAAAGAACAGGCGCUGGAUGGAUUGGACGGGCAAGGGCAAGGCUACGAACCAGGAAGAUUAAGCCCGACAUUCGAGAGCGACCUUCUCAACCAGUCAGAUGCUCCUCAAAUGUCCGAGAGACUUUCAGACCGUGAAUUUCGUGAAGAUGCUUCAGCACCAUUACGCAGUGCUCGCUUGAGCACGAGGACGCCACAUCGCUCCGACCUCGCACGAGGCCAGGACCUUGGCCGUCUCUCCAGACGGGAAGCAGAGAGGAAAUCACUCGAGCAGGGCAGCUUUGAAGCACCAGAUGCGCGAGAUGCUGGGCUCCCUCCGACCCUUCCCAGGCCAAGCCAGCGCAGACGUGACUCCUCAUCCCGCUACACAGCCGACUAUCGGAGAGCCACAGCAGAGGAGGCACCUUCGGCUGUUCCUGACCGGCGCCAUGAGCGGCUUGAGGACUGGGAUGCCACACGCCAGCGCAGUCGCCGUACGAGGGAUAGCCGACGGAGCCUCUUCACAGAUCGGGAUGUAGCAUCCCCCGAGCGGCACUGGGACAAGGCCUCGACGCGUGACACGCAUGUGGAUGACAGGCGAAGAGCACCUCGCGAGUCGACAGGUCGACAUGAUGUGAUGCCGCGACCUUCUUUGCACAGACCCGAAAGACAAGAAAGAAAUCGCGAAGCGCGGCGAAGUCAAGCGAGGGGCGGUGACCGUUCUCAGCGCAGCUUUUACGAAUGA